CGUGCAAGCUUCUGUGCGCUCGAGGCGCGUAAAGGACCGGGAGGUUGGUCUGCCGUUUGGUGGCUGACGUGCGCCUGAAGGGAAAAGCGGUGCGCGCUCGGCAGCCUCUUGCUCCGGAUAGCGGCGUGCGUUAAAUUGGCGUGUGGCUGAGAGCCAUGGACCGGGAGGAAGGCGAGCUGCUUCACAUUGCUGGCUCAUAUCUAAAUGGUUGUCCACUAGGACUCCAAGAUCCUUCUCACAGUUACUACUAUUGAGCAAAGUACCACAUAUAAGUUUUCCAAAAUCAUCUUGUCAAUUAGGAGCUGAUAUUUUGUUCCUUUGAUGUUUGGGCAAUUUCCUUUCUGCUCAGGUGGAAAGAGCUUGUUUACAACUAGAUGCUAUUGGAUUGUAUCACCAGUUAGCUGAAAAUUGUUAAUAAGCAGUUGGAAUCUCCAAUCCACUGCAAGUCUUCAUCUUUGGAGCAGAUGGCUGAGGAGGAAGAUGACUUUGAUCUCUAUGGGGAUUAUGAUAGCUUUCCUCAAUAUAGCAGCAGUGAGGAAAGUAGCAGCACUUCCUAUCUAGACGAUUCUAGUGAAAAUGAAGUAGCAGAUCAUGAGGUUGGGGAAGUGCCUCUAUCCUCUUCACCGAUCCAGACCCCCAGCAUCCACUUGCCAGAUGAUAAUGGGUCUGAGCCAGCUGUCUGUGAGAUGUGUGGUAUUGUGGGCACAAAAGAUGCCUUCUUCUCCAAGACCAAACGUUUCUGCAGCGUCUCCUGCUCCAGGAGUUACUCCUCAAAUUCCAAGAAGGCUAGCAUUCUGGCAAGGCUGCAGGGUAAACCACCAACAAAAAAAGCUAAAGUCCUGCACAAGGCAGCCUGGUCUGCUAAAAUUGGAGCAUUUCUCCACAUUCAGGGGACAGGGCAACUGGCAGAUGGAACAUCAACUGGUCAAGAUGCUCUCAUUGUAGGCUUUGACUGGGGAGCAUAUCUUCAGGACCAUGAAUACAAGGCUGCACCUGUUAGCAGUUUCAAACAUGUUCCCCUUUAUGAUCAAUGGGAAGAUGUGAUAAAAGGACUGAAGGUUGAAGUAUUGAACAGCGAUGCUGUGCUUCCCAGUCGUGUGUAUUGGAUUGCUUCUGUUGUUAAGAUUGCAGGUUACAAGGCACUGCUGCGUUAUGAAGGCUUUGAAAAUGAUUCCAGUCAUGACUUCUGGGUCAACUUAGGUACUAUGGAAGUGCAUCCAGUUGGUUGGUGUGCCAUUAACAGCAAAAUUCUGGUGCCACCCCAGACUAUCCAUUCAAAGUUUACAAACUGGAGAGGGUACCUUAUGAAAAAAUUGGUGGGGGCUCGGACAAUCCCAGUUGAUUUCCAUUUAAAGAUGACUGAGAGCAUGAAGUAUCCUUUCCGCCAAGGCAUGAGGGUAGAAGUAGUGAACAAGGCCUGCAUAUCCCAAACACGAAUGGCCAUUGUGGAUACUGUAAUUGGUGGCCGGCUGAGGCUUCUCUAUGAGGAUGGAGACAGUGAUGAUGAUUUCUGGUGCCAUAUGUGGAGCCCUCUAAUCCAUCCUGUAGGCUGGUCCAGAAGGGUUGGCCAUAGCAUGAAAAAAACAGAAAAGAAUAAUGAUAUGGCAAACCAUCCUACCUUCCGGAAAAUCUACUGUGAUGCUGUUCCAUAUCUCUUCAAAAAGGUACGUGCUGUCUAUCCAGCAGGCGGCUGGUUUGAAGAAGGCAUGAAAUUGGAAGCUAUUGAUCCUCUGAAUCCUGGCAACAUUUGUGUUGCUACCAUCUGUAAGGUCCUUUUAGAUGGUUAUCUUAUGCUUGGCAUUGAUGGCACAACUUCCGAAAGUGAUUCUGAAUGGUUCUGCUAUCAUGGGUCCCUGCAUUCCAUUUUCCCUGCUGGCUUCUGUAAGAAUAACAAUAUAGAGCUGAUUCCACCAAAAGGAUAUGAUGCUAAGAUCUUCAGUUGGACAAGCUAUUUAGACAAGACUAGGUCAAAAUCUGCACCAGCACGUCUUUUCAAUGUGGAUUGUCCAAAUCAUGGCUUCAAAGUGGGUGCUAAAAUAGAAGCAGUAGACCUGAUGGAGCCAAGACUUAUCUGUGUGGCAACAGUAAAAAGGAUAGUCCAUCGGCUCCUCAGAAUUCACUUUGAUGGUUGGGACAGUGAAUAUGACCAGUGGGUAGACUGUGAAUCACCAGAUAUCUAUCCUGUGGGUUGGUGUGAAUUGAUAGGUUACCAGCUGCAGCCACCAGUGAGUCCAGAACCUGAGUCACCUGCAUUUGCCAAGGAGGUUUCAAAGAGGAAGCGAAAACCAUAUGGAAAGAAAAGAAAAAGGAUGACUGCUAAAGCCCGUUCCAUCAAAGAGGCAGCUAAGAAAGUGAUCAUUCCAAAAACAAAGGAAGAAACAAAAGUUACCAAAAAGCUGCCUACUUCAAAAUCAAAGGAGGGAACACCAACUGUUUCAAAAAUUGAAGCAACACAAGCUAAAUCCAAGACGUCUUCAAAACUACUGCCUAAAACCUUUGUUGCUGUGCAGGUGAAAGAAGAAAUGCUUGAAGACCCAAAGGUGAGGAUUGAAACUCCACAACGUUCAGUGCCAGUGAAGGAUGAGGACAUGGAUCAAGAAGCUCCAGCACAUUUUAUGACUGGCUGCCUAAAAGAUGAAGGCAUGGAACUAGAGUCCCCAGAAAUCCCUAGAGCAGAUGAGCAGGAUGGCAGCACGGACGUUGAAGCUGCAACAAGCCUUGAUACACUUGGCUGCUUAAAGGAUGGGGUUAAGGAACGAGUACCCCGAGCAAAGUCUACUGCAAUUGCCUGCUUAAAAGAUGGGGACAUAAAAGCAGAAGCAACAGUGAGCCCAGUGCUCAUUAGCUGCUUAAAAGAUGAGGAUGUAGACUAGAGGUUCAAGCAGUAUAAAUAUCAAUGGUUCUGCAGAGCAGUCCUUCACGAAUCAAGGAAAGUGAAUUGCUGACCUCUUUGGACUCUACUCUAGCUUUUUAUGUGAUAUGAUCAGCCUAUGAAACAAUUAUUAGAACAUAUAUUCUAUCCCAUCAUGUAAAAAUACAGGUCUACAGUGCUGCUCUGAAUACUACUAUGGAUGAAUUUCUGCAUUAUAAAACUCUGUGGAAAGACAGGGAUAUGUUACAGGGCAUUUGUAAUUUGCCUGACCACAGUCAUCAUCACUAUUUCGGUCAACAGUGGACUGCCUCCGAAGCAAGUUAUUGGGCUGGUACUCAAGAAAAGUUUUCUGCUGAAAUAAAUGGCAGAUCAGGAAAAUGGGUAAAAAAAC